GAUUAGGAGCAAAAUCUCUCCCCAGGAUCGCCCUUGCCCGCAUCUGCCGGCUCUCAAGAACCGAUGAUGUGAAAACUGAAAAGGGUGCCGGCCGAGUCGGUACACGCUUUUCCCCGGGACGCAGCUAAAAGGACCCCGAAAGAAGUCGCCAUCCGUGGCGUCUUUCCAUGGAGUCCGAGGCCUUUUUUCAACUUUUCUAGCCACCCCCCGCCCCCCGCUCUUGGGGGCGUUUACAUGGCGUGCGUGGAAAAGGAGUCUCUUGACUUUCUUGGUGGGCUGGACAAAGAAAUUGGAGUGAAUCGUUCGUCUGACGACAUUGCUGUACGAGGAUUGAAAAGGAGCCGAAGCUAUUCGGUUGUAUUUUGGGUCUGUUUAGGGUGGAGAGGAUGAGGAGAUGAGGUGAAAAAAAUGGAGGUAGCUGAGUACUACUACGUGUAGAGAGAUGCGCAAAGCAAUGAGUUGUGGCUGCUUUGGUGGGUUCAGUAGCUGUAAAAGAAAUAGCAGCCCAGCUCAGGCCGAGGGAGAUGAGAUUCCGACCAACAACGUAAGGCUUUUCUCUUAUCCUUCAUUGAGAUCGGCAACCGGGAACUUCCAUCCGUCAAAUAAACUUGGAGGAGGCGGUUUUGGAGUUGUCUAUAAGGGAGUUCUGAGAGACGGUACUCAAGUUGCGAUUAAGUCCCUUUCAGCAGAAUCUAAGCAAGGAACGAAAGAAUUCCUAACAGAGAUCAACAUGAUAUCGAAUAUUCAUCAUCCAAACCUCGUCGAACUCAUUGGCUGUUGUGUGGAGGGCAAGAAUCGAAUGUUGGUGUACGAGUACCUGGAGAACAAUAGCCUCGCUAGUGUUUUACUCAGUUCAAAAGGCAAACAUGUCAUUCUGAAUUGGCCUCAGAGGGUUGCGAUUUGUCUGGGUAUGGCAUCAGGCCUUGCCUUUCUCCAUGAAGAAGCCAAACCGACUAUUGUCCACAGAGACAUUAAAGCCAGUAAUGUACUUCUUGACGGAAAUUUUCAUCCAAAAAUUGGAGAUUUUGGGCUGGCAAAGCUAUUCCCAGACAACGUUACCCAUUUGAGCACUCGAGUAGCAGGAACAGUAGGUUAUCUGGCUCCAGAAUAUGCGCUCUUCGGCCAGCUGACCAGGAAGGCGGAUAUCUACAGUUUUGGGAUACUCUUGCUCGAAAUAGUUAGUGGCAGAAGUAGUAGCAAAGCUGCCUUUGGGGAGGAACUCAUGGUUUUGGUGGAAUGGACGUGGAAACUAAAAGCGGAACAGAGACUUCUAGAGAUUGUCGACCCGGAGCUGGCGGAAUAUCCGGAAGACGAGGUGUUGCGCUAUAUCAAGGUGGCGCUCUUUUGUACUCAAGCAGCUUCGAACCAAAGACCGACUAUGAAGCAAGUGGUGGAGAUGCUUUCAAGAAAUGUUAACCUUAAGGAUGAGUCGCUGACGGAGCCCGGCGUAUACAAGAGGAAUAACUCUGGGCUGUCAGCCGGCGGUGCUGCUAGUUCUUCAGCGUCUUCUCAGGCCCGGAAGGGCAAGCAGGCGUCCAAUCCACAGAGCACCCUGGCUCACACUGGCUCCGACAGUGCGAGCCUAAUACUUCCUAGAUGAUGAUUCACUUGUUACCAAAUGAACGUGGCGCAGGUCCGAAACCCAAGUACCGGAGUUUUUCCCCAACCUUUACUUGGCAAUUGUUCAUACUCCUGAGUAUUUCUUCGUGCUAAUGAUGCUCUCAAUAAGAACCGGCUUCUGAGUGAGUAGGUACCAGAGCGCAUGUGGAUUGAGGAUAUAGAUAACUUCUUUCGUUUCAGUGAAUAACACUGUUUAGAACUUAUGUAUAGGCAUUGUUGAUUCAUUCAUCUGUAUGACUUCGAGAAAUGGUUCGCCAAUAUAAACCAAAGUCAUUUCAUGGUUC